AUGUCGGGGAAAGCAUACACUAUGAAGGAGAUGAAGGCUAUAGUGGAUUAUUUAACUGAAAGAAAAGCCUAUGGGGAAAUAAGAGGAAGGCAGAUUGAGGGCCACUGGAUCCUCGGCCUCAUUGAGGAUGGAAGUGAGGAUUUACGACUAGAGGUGUGCCCUGAAAACAUCAGCACGCGACCUUUGAGAGCACUCAAUCUCAACGAUAUAGUUGAUGAAUUAGAGCGAUGUGAGGAUGAUGAUUUGUUGCCAACUCAAAUUACAAUUUUUCCACCUGAGAACGCUAAUGCCGACGUCACAGAUGAGGAUUCUGGAGAUGAAGAAUUUGUUGCAUUGCAAAAUCUACCAGGCUCUCAACUACGAGCUCCAGCCGAGGUCACUUUUCAUAUGAGUUCCGACGAAGAAGAUGAUGUACCUUUGUCAAGUUUGUCAAAAAGAAGACGCACGAUGGAUUUGACUUUAGAAGAUAGUGACGCCGUACCUUCUUGUACUUCAGAUGUGUCAACUAAUUCUACAUUUGUUCAGCCUACAGUUCCCCGAAACCAAACCUAUAGAUGGAAGAAUCGUCAUAUUCCAAACCAUUUCAAUCAAUGGAAUGACGAACAAGGUCCAAAAAACUUACAAUCACCCUUAUAUUAUUUCGACUGCUUGUUCAACAACAAUGUUAUUGAAUUACUAGUGCGAUAUACCAAUUUGUACGCAGGACAGAGGAAUAAAGUGGGCAAAGUAACUGUUUCUGAAAUGAAGUGUUUCUUGGGCAUCCUUAUGUACAGCGGAUAUGUAGUAGUACCCCGUAGGUUUAUGUAUUGGGAGACAUCGACAGAUGCCGACUUUAGGAUUGUGCACAACGCUAUGUCAAGAGAUCGUUUUACUUUUAUUAUGUCAAAUCUCCACUGCUGUGAUAAUACAGUUCUUGGUGAUUCUCCUGACAAAUUCGCUAAGUUGAGACCUCUGUUUGACGAGUUAAAUAAAAUCUUUACUGAAAUGGCUCCGCUAGAAGAGAACUACAGCAUAGAUGAGGCUAUGGUUCCAUACUAUGGACGUCACAGUUGCAAACAGUUUAUACGUGGCAAACCAAUUCGUUGGGGGUAUAAACUGUGGGUUGGUGCUACAAGAUUAGGCUACGUGAUUUGGUUUGAUCCUUACCAGGGAAAAUCUUCAACCAUUGCAGAAGGUUACAAACAGUUUGGUCUAGGUGGGAGUGUGAUUUUGGAGUUUGCUGAUGUUCUACAAGGUCGUGAUCCAACAUUGCCAUUUCAUUUAUUCUUCGACAAUUAUUUUUCCUCUAUUCCUCUACUGCAUGAACUUAGUAAUAGAGGUCUGAGAGCCACUGGAACUAUUCGUGAAAACAGAACGUCCAAGUGUCCUCUCGAGUCUAACAAAGAUUUCAAAAAUACUGAUAGAGGUUCAUUUGUAUUCAAAUCCAGUUUGCCUACCAACAUUUUGUUUACAGACCGGACUUGGCAAAGUCUAAAGGAAACAUUUUUAAAAAGAAUCCUACCUGAUAUACAUAAUCCUUAUUAUCAGUUAACAUUGAUACAAAUUAGCAGUUUUCGCCAAGGAUACGAUGUAGAGUCGAAACUUGGAAACAAACUGGAAAUGAAAAGUGUGAGUGAAGAAUCAAACACUAAAGGUGAAAAGCCGCUAAAUACAGAGCAACCUAGUACAAGCAAUAAAGAAGGAAAUAAAAACACAACAGGUGAGAAAACAAUAAAUUCAAAGACUGUAACUGAUCACAGAUGUUCAGCUGAAACGAUUAUUCUCGAUCCUUGUUAUGAAACUGCUGAAGAUAUUCAAAGAGACUUAGAAUCACCAAAAAAGGAAAAAGAAAAUGAGAAAGAAAAGGGUGAUAAAUCGCCUACCAAAUCGUUGCGCGAUUUCAUUACUUACUCUGAGCCAUUAACACCUAUGCUUCAAGAAGUCAUUGAGGAUUUUGCAACUGACGAAGAACGCGAAGGGUCGGAUACGGAAACACAAAUGGAGAUUGCAGAAGACAUGAACACUGAUAAAAAUCCAAAAAAUUUAGAUGGCCAUAUGUCUGAUGCACCUGUUGAAAUAAGCUCGGAUGCUGAUGACAUGAGUAACAAUGCAAAUAUGCAAAACAAACCUCAAGAAAUUGACAAGAAACAACCCGCUAAAGAAGUUUCAAAUGAAAACAUACAAGAAUUGAAAGAAAGUGUAAAAACAUCAAAUAGUAAAACAGAAAUUGAAGAUACUGAUAAUGGUGAAAUUCAAAAUAAUGAAAAAGAACCAACUGAAAAACAUGAUCCUGAUUGUAAAAAAAACAAAAACUCAAUAGAAAUUGUCCCCACCAACAAUAAUCCUGGAAACAUAGUAAAUAAUACUAGCGAGGAUAAUGUGGAAAGGAUUAUUAAUAAUAAUGGAGAAAAAGCUAUAGCAUCCCAAAAGACAUGCAGCCAGAAUGAUUCCAGUACAUUAGUUGAUACCUUACUUCCAAAUAAUCAAGAGGAGUUAAAUAUUGAACCUGUAGCAGAUGAUUCUGUAAAUAAAAUGACUAGUAAUGAGUCCCAAACAAAAAAAUUAACAUUAAAUAAAAAUUCCGACAAAAAUCUAAAAAAACGUGCCUAUUCUCAAGAACCAACAGUAUCAAAGAAGAAAAGACAACUAAUAAAUGAAAGUUCUAAGAAAAUAUCGGUAUCUGACACUGAUGCUGGAGUAAAACAAAAUGGUAAGCUGACGACAGAUAAGGCUGUGCUUUUAGCUAGUCACAAUCAAAAAAUAAAAAUGUUGCAAAGUUCUAGCAAGGAGAAUAAAAAAGUUGACUCUUUAAAACAGGAUGUGAAAAGCUUACAAAGAGUUACAGAAGAGAAAAUAGAUGAAAGCUGUAAGAAAGAAACCAAUAAAGACAAUGAUCAAGAAAUACUUGCUGAUAACGGUAAAAAUGAUGCCACCAAUCCCAGUGUUGUAAACCCAUGUUUAAAGAGUGUUAGUCUAUAUGAUGAGCAAUUUACUUCAUUGAAAUAUACUGGCUCCAGUGAUGAAGCUAUUACAACCUCCAACAAAAAUAUUGACCAGGAAUCAAAAGGCAAUAAAAAGAACAGUUCUGAUGGAAAUGAUGUGAUAGCGUUAAAAUCAAAUUCAGAAACUGAUAAUAAUGAGUUUAAGAAAAAAAAGAAAGGCACGCCUGUUGGCCAUGUUGCGCCUAAAUCAGAAAGGGAAAAAGCUUUAGCAAAUGUAUUUGGAUUUUCUAGCGGUGCUGUACCGAGCAGUCGUAAAAGGCGUUUUAGUUAUCAGAACAGAUCUAUGAGACGACAAUCACACACUAAGAUCAGCUCCGAGUCAAGCGAAUGGACAUCUGAGACAGAUACGGAAUUUAUUUCUCCACCGCGUGGGAGACGAAAUAGGCAUACCAAGAAAUAUUUCAAACCAAAAUCAGCCAGAAUUUUAUCUUUAGAAGAAGAGGGUGGUUUAUUUGUGAUGUACGGAAAGAAAAUAUACCCAUUGGUGAAAGAUGGCAAAAUAGUGAAAAAUUAUGUCACUUAUUCUCCGGGGCGUGAUUCGGAGGAUGAACAAGAAUCCUAUUGGAAGCUGAAGUAUAUAGAGGAAAAGAAACGUACAGCAAAAUUGACAAAAUUGCUAAGCCAUACAACUGACGAUGAUCAACAAUCCAACGAACAGGGUGUAACAUAUGGUGCAACAAAGCCUAGUCCGCCUAAAAAGCCCAAACUGAUUACAGAUGAAAGUGCAUCAAAAGAAACUAAAUCUGGACAAGAAGUUGUUUCAAAAGAACAUUUGGAUAUUCCACAUCCUGCCUCUACCAUAGACAAGACACUAAAAAUUAAAAUUAUGAGACAAAAUGAGGAGGUACAGUUAGAAGGCCACUGGUCACAAAUUCAUCCAGCCUUGGACCAUGUGGUUCAAAUAUUUCAUAAGGAGAUGGAAUCUAGAACCAGGGUUGUAUCUACUCCCCAACCAGAGCAACGCAAGAGCAUAUCCAGUGGGAUAUCCACGCCUGUUAUUGCUGUCCCUAUAGAUCCAGAGGUGCAUGAAAAAGUCAAUAAAUUGGAGACAGAAAUAUUUAAAGAAAUCGAAGCACGUGACGAACAAGAAAAACAAACUGAGGAAUUACCAAAACCUGUACAAGAAUCGAAAGUUACUAAAAGGAGACCUGGGAGACCGAAGAAAAGCAUAUCACAAACUAUAAGCAGGGCACAGAGUCCAGAAAAGAAACCAAAUGUACCAAUGGCAUCUCCGAAAUUGCAAAUUGAAGAAAAUACUGAAAAGUUGCCACCUGCUAAAAUUGAAAAUGAAACGAGUGCUUCUGUAACAAGAAGGACAAGGACUCCUAAGAAAGUGCUUCAAGAGAGCACCGAAAAAAUCGAUAAUAAUGUUAUAAACACCAGAACCAAAAAAAUAAAAGAAGUUUCCGUAGUAGAAGGAGUAGAAGAUGAAACCGAUGUCCGUUAUAAAUUCCCGUCUCCUGAGCCGUCAGAAAAGAAGACCUAUAGGAAAUCUGGUGCCAAUAAAACUCCAAAACAGCAAAAACCUAUUAAUAGCUACACACACGAAAACGUUGGAAUAUUCUCGUCGCCAACUAAUGUAUCGGUUAACUCUGUAGAUAGCAGUCAGGGCUACCAGGAUUCUGAUAUAAGCCCAUAUAAUAUAUGCCUUAGAAAGAAGAAAAAAGUUAGUAUCACUUCUUUAUACAAAAGAAAAAAUUAUCAAACGCGACAAAGUAUACGUAGGAGAACGCAGUUAAAACUUGAUGAUAUUUCUGACCAAUCCAGCAACUCAUGUCCAAGUUUUUGCUCUAAGUCGAAGUCAAUACAAAAUUCCAGUUUAAACACUGAAGUGUACAGAUCUGAUUCCUAUCAGUUGCUGAUGCCCAAAGCAAGAAAUUCCUUUAACCAACUAGCAAAAAUAGAUGAAGUAAACCUGGACGAUAAAGUAGAUUCUGGGACAGUAUUACAAGAACCUAACAUAGAAAUAGUUAAAGAUGAUCAAUUUAAUUCUAUGGGCAGAGCUAAUAACACUGAGUUAGGGCUAAGUGGUAAUACUGAUAUUGAAAAUUCUAGCAACAUAUCAUUACCUCCAUCACCUGUUUUAUCUAUCGUAGAAAAUAUAUCAAUAAACAAGAACGCCUUGAGUAGUGUAGAAGAACUAACUGAAAAUGAAAACUCUAAUAGAGAUAAUCAAAAGAAAGAAUAUAUUUGCAACGACUAUAAUAUUACUGAUGUAGAUAUUACGAUGCCGCUAAUGGAACAAGACUGUGGGAUACAAACAUAUAAACAAAGUCUCCUAGAACCUAAGUAUGACUGCAAUGUUAAUAAGUCUUCGAGCGUGACCAAUUCUAUUAUAAAUAAAAUUUGUACAGUAAAUAUUGGAGAAAACUUUACUUUAUCGGAUUCAAUCACACAAAAAAUACAAAAUUUGCUUCUAGAGAGUGCUAAAAAAUUAACAACGAAAUUGCAAGGGGUUGAAGUGGUUGAUGAUAAUGAAAAUAAAAUGGAUGUAGAUGCUGAGGAAAUCCAAACAACUUACAAAGAAAGAUCAAAAAAACGGUGUUCAACACCACAAAGACGUAAAGGUGCGAGAAAAGUUAAGUCAAAGAAACCUGAAUUUGAAACAUUUGUUGAGAAAGAGCAUGUAGAAACUUGUUCUCAAGGGGGAAGAAAGUCAUGCCCGCCUUUAAUUCCUAUGUCUAGUGCUAUUGAAAAUAUUAUUCGUGAUGAACACAUUACUACAGACACAAAAUUGUCCAAUGCGAAGGGCAAAAAGAAAAAAGACAAUAUUAUUAAAGUGAAAAUUCUCAGACCUAAAACGAAAAGUGAUGCAAGAAAUACAAAUACAGAAAAAACAACCCUGAAUAUGUGUGACAAAUCCUUACAUGCAGAUAGUGGAAUAAAUGACACUGAAUCAAGUAUUUUUUUCAAAGGAUUUAAUGACAGUGUUGAUUUCAUUCAUAAUCAUUCAGAAACUUGCUUGCAAGCCAAUGAGUGCAUGGGUGACAGUGUAGAGUUUAUAGAGUGCAGUACAAAAUCUGUGAUAUCUUUAGACAGUAACUCUACGCAAUCACUUGAAAUGGAAUUUGAUGGUAAAUUAAAUACAGGAUGUUCCCAAAACAGCAACAGUAAUACUGAAUGUCCCCAAACCAGCAUCGCUAAUGAAAUAAUAAGUUCAAAAGAUAUUGAGAGUAAUGUGGGCACGACGUACCACACACCAAUGAAUAGUGAAGGAUCGCCUACUAGUCUUAUCACUGAAGAUUUAUCCGAUGACGUGCCAGUGGAAAGAGCACAGCCUUCUAAAUGGUAUCUUUUUUCCGAAGAUGAAACUACGAAUACAAAUUUUGCUCUUCAAAAGUUCUCAACUAGCGACGUUAGUUAUGGAUCUAAUCUUAAUCAACUGUUUCCUAUCAUCUGUGCUGUACCGAAUUUAUCCACAAUAUCCGAAAUGUCUAAAGACAGUGACACAAAGCCAGUAGCAGAUUUGGAUUGA